CUAACUUUAUUCCAGUGUAGUGGCUGGCUGAGAGUUUGAAGCAUCCCUACAUUUCCGGAUGAUAGUGUUGAGAAGCAGCUUGAAAUAAAACACGGAAAGCACUACCAUAUCUGGCACUUACCUUCAAAGUAAAGGACGCGGUAGUUUAAUAUUUAAAAAAUGAGUGAUAAAAUUUGAUUCCUCCACCCAAAAACAUCUUUAAAUAUUCAAGCAUUGUUAUUUAUAUGCCGAGAGUACAUUAUCACCCUAUAUUGUUUCACAUUAUGUCUUUUUUUAAGGUGUUACUCCGGCUCGGACUCUUAUUUUGACAGCGGCGAGGCGGCUUUUCCUGCAGACCCACACAGUGCUCGUUCGUCAGAGAAGACGCUCUUGUGAGGUCACUGAGUCCCGGGGGCGACUCUCUUCUGCCGCUAUAUAAUCUCCCCGGCUCCUUGGAUGAAACCAGCACCACAAUCAGCUACGAGACAAAGCAAACACAUACUGAGAGGAAAACAACAACAAACAAACAAACAACAACCAAACAAACAUGGUGAAGAUCACUUUCCAGCCAGUUUCGGCGCAGAAGCCUGAAAAAGAGAGCGAUGAAGACAAGAUCAUUAUACCUCAGGCUCACGAGCAGCUGGUUCUUCCUGUCAAGUCCAAGAAGCCUUUCCCAGCCGGCCUGUGCUGCCUCACCUUUGGUCUGGUGGUUUUCAUGUCAGGACUGGUGCUGGCCUCUAUCUAUGUCUAUCGCUACUACUUCAUACCUCAGCAGAUCCCAGAGGACAGCUUGUUCCACUGUCGGGUUAUCUACGAGGACUCGGUGUACGCUCCUCUAAGGGGCCGACAAGAACUCGAGGAGAACGUCGGUAUCUAUCUUGACGACAACUAUGAACAGAUCAGUGUACCUGUGCCACACUUUGGAGGCAGCGACCCCGCAGAUAUCAUCCAUGAUUUUCAGAGGGGCCUCACAGCUUAUCAUGACAUCGCCUUGGACAAAUGCUACAUCACCGAGCUGAACACGACCUUGGUGAUGCCUCCACGCAACCUGUGGGAGCUGCUUGUUAAUGUCAAGAGAGGGACAUACCUUCCUCAGACUUACAUCAUCCAGGAGGAAAUGGUGGUGACAGGGAGGGUGAGGAACAUGAGGCAGCUGGGCCCAUUCAUCCACAGGCUGUGCUACGGAAAAGAAACCUACCGCCUCAGACGCCGUAACCAGCGCAGACGUAUUGACAGGCGUGAAACAAAGAAAUGCCACAGCAUUCGUCACUUCGAAAACACUUUUGUGGUGGAGACCGUGAUCUGCAGCAGUGUUUAAAUCGGAGGCGGAAAUCUCAGCCACUAAAGCCAAUUUCAAACCAUACCUCUUGAAUUCUUUAGGCUUUUAACUGCACUUUAAGAGCAACUAUUUGUCAGUUUCGGUUUCUUUUUUUUUUGUCUCAAGUUAGAAAUGCUCUUUUAUUGUUCAUGUACAAUGUUAAUGUCUUUUUUUUUUCUUUUUAAAAAAAAAUCUGAUGGUCUGUAUAUUUGAAUGACGUUAUAUGUGUUUGGAUUUAUCCGUAGCUUGUCUUGUGCAAAAGAUGUUACUGUGUGUCAGUUUGUGACAUUUUCAUCAGAGGAUUUAAGUUUUAUUUCAGACUUGUCUUUGUGUUUUCUAUUUAGAGACUCAGUGCACUGUGGGUAAUGUAAAGGAUACUUGGAGGCUGCUUGCACAGUGCACUCAUGUGAAUAUUUGUUUCUCGGCUUAUAUUUUAUUUCAUUUUGAAUGUCAGAAAAUGGCAAAACAUACCUCAUGUAGUUUAGACAUUACUUUGCUGAUUUUUAUCAUUAAUGAAUGGUGUAUAUAAAUUUGAUUGUUCCUAAGCAAUAUAUACUGUAAAUUGUUUUCAUAUUGUUACAUGCAUAGAUUUUUAUCUCAAAUCAACCUUGUUUUGUGAAUGAUCAUUUCUUUAUGGUUUGUCUCUUAUUUACUUUUGCAUCACACUUUCCUACUCCUUGGAUAUAAAUGGCUUUAGACUGUAAUCAGUAGCAGUGCUUUAGAGUGACAGAAGGAACCAAAGUCUUCAGUCAGUGAUGCUAUGCUUAAUGUUAAGGACAUAUGAGUUAUUUAGAAAGAACGCUCGAUAGUUAAGGUCACUUACUGUUGACUAUAUCAAAGGCUAAAACUCAUUUUGUCUGCUCUUCCUUCCUUCCUUCCUACUCACGUGGUCCUUCAUAUCUUGGCAUUAUUAUCUCUAUAAUGUUGAUUUGUCUCAACUGAUAUUUGUGGCGUCUCUCUACAUUCAAACUGGAGCAAAUCAGUCUCUGUCGAGGGAGACCUGUGACAUGUACUCAUAUUUCAUUGUCUCAUAGCUGUACAGUCGAUUCUUCUUGUAAUAUCUU